CGCUGAAGCUUGCGAGAUCGAGAAACUCUGAAUAAAGAAGGCGAGGCGAGGAAGAAGACGAAGAGGGAGAGAUCGAUCGAAAAAAAAAAAAAAAAUCCGGAAUAAAUCCCUCGCAUUUUUUUUGCUCUCCUAUUUUUUUCCAAAAAUAAGUCGAAGGAUCGGAUCCUCUCCUCUUCAAUUCUUCGCCUUCCUCACUCGUCCUCGAUCGAUCGAUCUCUUGUUCAGAAACCCUAGAGAAUGGAUAAAAUCUUCGCCAAGCUCCGGAACCUGGACGCGUACCCUAAGAUCAACGAGGAUUUCUAUAGCAGGACCCUUUCCGGGGGCAUCAUCACCAUCGUCUCGUCCGUGAUCAUGUUCAUCCUCUUCGUCUCCGAACUUAGAUUGUAUCUUCAUGCAGUAACAGAAACAAAGCUCGUUGUAGAUACUUCAAGAGGAGAAACACUUCGCAUUAAUUUUGAUAUAACCUUCCCAGCCCUAUCAUGUUCAAUACUCAGUCUGGAUGCAAUGGAUAUUAGCGGUGAAGAGCACCUUGAUAUAAAGCAUGAUAUAGUCAAGAAGCGGAUUGAUGCCCAUGGCAAUGUCAUAGAAGCUAGACAAGAUGGAAUUGGUGCACCUAAGAUGGAAAAGCCUUUGCAAAAACAUGGUGGGAGGCUUGAACACAAUGAAACGUAUUGUGGUUCUUGCUAUGGUGCAGAAGUGUCCGACGACGAUUGUUGCAACUCUUGUGAAGAAGUUCGUGAAGCAUAUAGAAAGAAAGGAUGGGGCCUCUCAAACCCGGAUCUGAUUGACCAGUGCAAAAGGGAGGGUUUCCUACAAAGAAUAAAGGAUGAGGAAGGCGAAGGAUGCAACAUCUACGGCUUUCUAGAAGUUAAUAAGGUUGCUGGGAAUUUUCAUUUUGCCCCAGGCAAAAGCUUUCAUCAGUCAAAUAUGCAUGUUCAUGACUUGCUUCCGUUCCAGAAGGAUAGCUUUAAUAUUAGCCACCGAAUAAAUAGAUUAGCUUUUGGAGAAUAUUUUCCUGGUGCUAUCAAUCCUCUUGAUGGAGUGCAAUGGGUGCAACAAACACCAUAUGGGAUGUACCAAUAUUUCAUCAAGGUUGUUCCCACUGUCUACACUGACAUUAGUGGGCGUACUAUCCAGUCCAAUCAGUUUUCUGUAACCGAGCAUUACAGGGGUGAUGACAACGGUCGCAUCCAAGCCCUUCCUGGUGUUUUCUUCUUCUAUGACCUUUCGCCGAUAAAGGUUACCUUCAUGGAGCAACAUGUCUCUUUCUUGCACUUCUUGACUAAUGUUUGUGCUAUUGUUGGAGGUAUAUUUACUGUUUCUGGGAUAUUUGAUUCAUUUGUAUAUCAUAGCCAGAGAGCAAUCAAGAAGAAGAUGGAGAUCGGUAAAUUCAGCUGAUUGUCAAACUUGGUAACUUUUUUGUUCUUGAAAGUUAAACCACCUUUCUCGUGGGUGCUCGACCUAUCUGGUGCGACUUGAAUAUCCAAAAGUGACGUCGAGUCAGUUGGUGGGAUCGGGUUGGGUUUUGCUCUUUGUUAUAUUAUUUCGCGGCCCUGCAUCCUACAUGGAUGAAUGUCAUGUGGAUCACAAAUUCAAUCAUUUUAUAGCUGUUGUCUGUGUAAUUUAAAUUCAACAGGGGGAUAUUUGCUGUUGGAAGAGCAUUUGUGGGUGAUUAUACAUAUAGUAACAUUGAUGCAAGAUCACAGAGAACAAUGUGGAUGUUGGUAUUCGACAAGUCGGAACUUGAGUUGGUUGAAAGAUCUGUAUUGUUUUGUUAUCUUAAUUCCAGUUCCUAGAUGCAGAAGGUUAUCGAGUCUUGUACUAUUAUGUGAAUCACACAUAAGUGUUUAAAGUUUUAUUUGAGUGUUAAAUCUCUGAAAUUUCAAGAAAUGUUUUUGUUGUCUUUAAA